AUACCCUUCUUCUUACACUUUCAUAUUCACAUUAAAAAUCUUUAAAAAAAAAGAAAGUAUUUUUAUCGUAAUUCAGAAGAAUUUUCACGUAAAAUUUUUAAUUCUCAAGAGAAGUAUGACAAGCGUGUUGGGUGCGGAGUGUGACAAAAUCCGAUUGGAUUAUGAAGCGGAGACGGAGCUGAGGCUCGGAUUGCCCGGAGCUAAUGGGAAUGAACUGGAAUCGAGUAAUAAGAACAAUGGCAAAAGGGUCUUUUCAGAAACUGUUGAUUUGAAAUUAAACCUUUCUAAUUCAAAGGAUUCCACAUUAAUGGAUAAUAUUAAUAUUAAUCAAGUUGAUAACAUGAAGGAGAAGAAGAAUAAUAUUGUUGUGCCAAGCUCUAAUGAUCCUGCUAAGCCACCAGCCAAGGCACAAGUUGUGGGUUGGCCACCAGUGAGAUCAUUCAGGAAGAAUGUAAUGACUGUUCAGAAAAACACCACCGGCGCCGGCGAAAUCUCCGGCACCGGCACCGGCGCAGCCUUUGUGAAAGUUAGUGUUGACGGUGCACCAUACUUACGUAAAGUGGACUUGAAGAUGUACAAAAGUUACCAACAACUCUCUGAUGCACUUGGCAAAAUGUUUAGCUCUUUUACUAUUGGAAAUUGUGGGACUCAAGGAUUUAAGGAUUUCAUGAAUGAGAGCAAAUUGAUAGACCUCUUGAAUGGUUCAGACUAUGUACCAACUUAUGAAGACAAAGAUGGUGAUUGGAUGCUUGUUGGUGAUGUACCUUGGGAGAUGUUUGUUGAUUCAUGCAAACGUUUACGGAUAAUGAAAGGAUCAGAAGCUAUUGGGCUAGCACCAAGAGCAGUGGAGAAAUGCAAGAACAGGAGUUAAACUUGAUGUUCCAAUUAAUUGUUCAUUGUUUUUUUUUUCCAUGGUCAAAUUAUAUAUUGACCUUGGAGUUUCUAAAUGUAUUGUAAUUUGAAGGGUUUAUAUAUAUAAUAUAAGGGGGAAAAAAUUAAGAAAAUGUUUAUCCAUGAGAAGAAAAAAAAAUAUAUAUAUAUAUAUAUAGAUCUAAAUAGUUGUCAAGUGUGUGACAGCCUCAUAUUGGUUGGAGCCCAAUUUUGGGAAUCUUUAGAAUUUAUAUUAUAUUGUAAGUGUGGCCCUAUGUGUAAGUGACACUUGAAAUUAUCUAAUAAAUUGAAGACAA